AUGGCCACCGAAGGUACCAAGAUCAAGGUCAAGAAUCCAGUCGUUGAACUGGAUGGUGAUGAGAUGACCCGUAUCAUCUGGCAGGAGAUUAGAGAAAAAUCUGUCCUGUCGACUGGCUUCGCCGGACUGCCAGUGGGAUGUGAACUGAGAGUCUGGAUUAGUUACCUUGACAUUGACCUCAAGUACUACGACUUGGGUAUUGAAUACCGUGACCAGACUGAUGACAAAGUCACCGUCGAGGCUGCUGAGGCCAUUAAGAAGUAUGGCGUCGGUGUCAAGUGCGCCACCAUCACCCCCGAUGAGGCCCGUGUCGAGGAGUUCAAGCUGAAGAAGAUGUGGCUGUCUCCCAACGGUACCAUCAGAAACAUUCUCGGUGGAACGGUCUUCCGUGAACCCAUCGUCAUUCCCCGUAUUCCUCGUCUCGUCCCCGGCUGGAACAAGCCCAUCAUCAUUGGCCGUCACGCCUUCGGUGACCAGUACCGUGCUACCGACAUUGUCGUCCCUGGGCCCGGCAAGCUCGAGCUCGUCUACACCCCUGAGAAUGGUGAGCCCCAGGCCAUCAAGGUCUACGACUUCAGCGGCGGCGGUGUUGCCCAGACCCAGUACAACACCGAUGAUUCCAUCCGUGGCUUCGCUCACUCCAGCUUCAAGAUGGCCCUGAUGAAGGGUCUCCCCCUGUACAUGAGCACCAAGAACACCAUUCUGAAGAAGUACGAUGGCCGCUUCAAGGAUAUCUUCCAGGAGAUCUACGAGUCUACCUACAAGAAGGACUUUGACGCCAAGGGCAUCUGGUACGAGCACCGUCUCAUUGACGACAUGGUUGCUCAGAUGAUCAAGAGCGAGGGUGGUUUCGUUAUGGCUCUGAAGAACUACGACGGUGAUGUUCAGUCCGAUGUCGUCGCUCAGGGUUUCGGUUCCCUUGGCCUGAUGACCUCCACUCUGACCACCCCUGAUGGUAACGCAUUCGAGUCCGAGGCCGCCCACGGCACUGUCACUCGUCACUACCGUGAGCACCAGAAGGGCCGUGAGACCUCCACCAACCCCAUUGCCUCGAUCUUCGCCUGGACCCGUGGUCUGAUCCAGCGUGGCAAGCUCGACGACACCCCCGACGUCGUCGCCUUCGCCGAAGAGCUCGAGCGCGCCUGCGUUGACGUCGUCAACGAGGAGGGCAUCAUGACCAAGGAUCUGGCUCUGGCCUGUGGCCGCAAGGAGCGUGAGGCUUGGGUUACCACCAAGGAGUACUUGGCUGCUGUUGAGCGCAGACUCAAGUCUAAUCUCAAGGCCAGACUGUAA